CGAACUACAUUAAAUUGUUGUCUCAAUUUUUUUAUCGCUUCCAUUUGUGUGGGAUUGUGGUGCUCAAAAUUCUCAACAAAUGGUAUCAGAGCUAUUGGUAGAGCUCCAGGUGUUGUGGUGAAAUGCAAACUGAAGCCAUGAAGUAUUCAAUUGAGUUGUUUGAUGGUAAGAAUGACUUUGCUCUAUGGCAAAGCACUGUGAAGGAUAUCCUUAUUUGUCAAGGACUUAAUGCAGCUUUAGAAGAAACCAAACCGGCUGACAUGAAGGAGAGUGAUUGCAGCACCAUCCAAAAGAAGGCAGCAAGUCAAAUUUGGCUGGCACUUGCACCGGAGGUGAAAUACAACAUACUUUCAAAGACUACUUCAAUAGGCAUGUGGAGGAAGCUUGAAGAGAUAUAUGUUUCAAAAUCUUUAACCAAUCAAUUGGAUAUUUUAGAAGAAGAGGAGAAAGCUUUGCUUUUACUUGCGUCCUUGCCGAAGUCCUACAAGUCCCUAGUGCAGAGCAUGCUAGUGGGUAAGACUACUUUGAUGAUGAAAGAUGUCACAACCAUGUUGUUGAAGAAUGAUAAGUUUCUUGGGGAGGAUGAUGGUGCCAAUCAAACUAAUGCUUUGGUGAUGGAGCACUCUCGGGGAAGAUCCAAUGGAUGUGGAGGUGGAUAUAAAUGCCCAAAGUUUAAGGAGGACUUUUCUAAUAUGAAAAUAUUGAUGAAAAGUCAAAAAACCAAGGGCAAGGGGGAGGCUAAUAUUGUUGAAGAAAAUGUGAUUGAAGUAUUAGCUUGUGAAGAGUGUGAUCUUGAGGUAGAGCAAGAUAAUCAAUGGUGGAUUUUGGACUUUGUUGCAACCAUGCAUGUGUGCAAUAAUCCUUCUGAAUUUGUGAGUUUGGUUCGGGGGGAGCUUGGCAAAAUAACGGUGGCUACCAAUGAGAAGGUGAAUAUUGAAGGCAUAGGAGAUGUUCGUCUCAAUGUUCACAUUGGGAGAGCGAAGAUUCUCAAGAAUGUGAGAUACGUGCCCGAGUGUUCAAACAAUAUCAUUGCUUUGAGUGAGUUGACAACACGAGGGUACAAGUCUGUCAGAAAGCAAGAAUGGUGCAAGGUCUACAAAGGUGGAAGAUUAGUCUUGCGUGGAAGGAAGAACAAGCACAACAUCUAUGUGCUUAAGCAACAUCCCGAGAGAGGGCUUAACAAGACCAUGAGGAAGAUGGUGUGGAAGCCCAAAGGGAUCUUGGUAGAUGACAAGGAAAUUAAUAAGACCAAGAAGAGGACGAGCUUCAACAAUGAAGUGGUGUUUGAUGAUGGUUCGAGGAGGUGUGAUUUUCCCUCGGAUCAUAUUUUGGUCCAAAAUUAAUUUUAGCAAUACACCUAGUGUAGGUUGGUCCUAUCCUGUACUAGGAGAGGAACUCAAAAAUAAGAUGCCAUGUUGAAG